CAAAUCUUGUACUCUAUUCCAUAAUAUAUAUCAACUAACACGCAAUAAGCCUUGGAAACUCAAACUCCAUUGAUUGAGGCUCCCAUUUUUUUAGUUUUAUUUUAUCAGAUUCCUUCUUCUUCGUCAUAUCUACCCUCCCUCCCUCUGCAUCUCUGCCUCGGAUGCUUCGUCUUUAUUUUCCUAACUAUCGAUGCUAAUGUAAUUAUUCUCAUACUCUUUCUCACCCCUAAUCGGAAUCGACUCCCAAACCCUCAGAAUAUUCUUCCGUUUUAAUCCUAAAUCCCCUUCCUCUCGUCUCCCCAUCUGAGGCUGAGGUUUUCAGAUGGAGACUUCUGUGAUUUCCGAUUCCCGUUCCGUUCCCGUUCUUCUCCCUUUCUUCUCCGUCUUUCUACUCUCCUACCUCGUCGCCUACUUCAUCGUAUUUCGCAACUGGAGCCCUAAGAUCCGACCCGAAGCCUCUAGCUGCUUUAUUUCUCUUCUUCACGGCACGCCCGCCGUGUUCUUAGCUACCUUCGCCAUCCUCAACGACCCGAACCGCGGCUUCGAUGGUUUCAACACCCCGUUUCAGAAGAUGGUUCUCGAUUACAGCAUCGCAUACUUUCUCAUGGAUCUUCUGCACUACAUUGUCUUCUUCCCUAGCGAUGUUUUAUUCAUUGCUCACCACCUGGCCACUCUCUUCGUCAUUUGCACCUGCCGCUACGUUGUUUCUCACGGGGCUUUCGCAAUUCUCUUUCUUUUGAUUCUCGCCGAGAUGACCAGUUUGUGCCAGAACGUGUGGACGCUAGCCGGAGCGCGAAAGAGCGACGUCCAGAUUGCAGCUAAGGUGUAUGAUAUUUUGUCUCCUCCAUUUUAUAUUUUGUAUUCGCUAGUCAGGGGUCUUGCUGGCCCCUAUUUUAUCUAUAGAAUGGUAGCGUUCUACACGAGCGGGCUUGUCGAUGGUCUGAUUCCAAAGUGGGUUUGGAUUUCUUGGGUUGCUGUGGUGUUGACGGCUAUUGGUGUGAGUAUCAUGUGGAUUUCAAAUCUUUGGGUUGAACUGUAUAGGGAAAGAACCAGAAAAUUAGAGGAGAAAAUAAGAUAGGGCAAUACUGUGUCCUGAAUGUCAUCCGCAAUUCUGUUCAUUAAUUAUUACUGGUAUUUAUUAUACAAUAUCAUACUUUGGAUCCAAUUCCUUCUUGUUCCUCUUUUGGGUAAAUGGGUACUGGGGAGGGUCGUCGUCCUGAGUUGGUUCUGUUGUAAGUGUAACUAUGAACUGCAAAAGAUUUUAUGGGAAGUUCAGUGUUUUUAAUGCG